GUCCAAAUUUAGCGAUCGAAUAUGAUGCAGGAGGCCAUAAAUUCUUCCAAAGAUUUGGUAAAAUUAUCCAAGAGAUCAAACCAAAAGCCAUCGUGGUUAUAUCAGCUCAUUGGGAAACAUCGGAAGGCAUCAGGGUUGGAAGCUUCGAAAGAGUAACACCAAUAAUUUAUGAUUUUGGCAUACCUAUUAAAGAACUGUAUCAGCUAACUUAUCACGGCAAAGGUUCACCGAAGUUAGCUGAAAGAAUUGUGGAUCUGUUGUCUCCUCAGUUUAAUGUUACAAUUGAUACAAAACGUGGUUUCGAUCAUGGUGUGUGGAUACCAUUGAAAGUCGCAAUUCCCGAACCAAAGGAUUUACCUAUUGUUCAAGUAUCUCUUAAUGGUCGUGCGCCUUUUGAAUAUCAUGUAAAGGUUGGUCAAGCUUUAGCACCAUUGAGAGACGAGGAUGUCCUGUUAAUCGGUUCCGGCUCAAUGGUUCACAAUCUCCGUGCCUUUUUCUCUGGAAAUAAUGAUGCACUGUCCUACUCCAAAUCCUUUGACCGAGACGUUGAAAAGUGCAUAACCGAAUACAGUGGCAAGGAACGAGAAGAGAAAUUGAUAAUGUUUAAAGAUCAUCCAUUAUUAAAGAAAGCUCAUCCAACCGUUGAACAUUUUGUUCCGUUGCAUGUGAUCGCAGGUGCCAGUGGGAAUGAUCAGGCAAAGAAGAUUUAUGAGGAGUUUCUUCCGGGAUUAAGUAUGAGUUCUAUCGAGUUUGAUGGGGAGAAUCAAGAUCCAGAGUAG